CCUCCGUCGGCCCUCUUUCACUCUUCGCCCACCCACGCCACCAGCUAUCUCUGAUUGCCCCCUAGGGCGUAUCUGCGCACCUUUACGCGACCCAUCCGUGCCCACUCUUGAAGACGGUCAAGCGAUACUCUAAUGCCCACGCUUCGAUAACAAAGUUGGGAAGCGAAAGGAGGAUGGCCGUCACCCUGAAGCGCAAACGGGGCGCUGUCUCCUAUCGGGAGCCAAGCAGCGACGACGACUUCUCCGAGUCCGAUGACGAGCGUAUAUCCAGGAAGCGCGCGAGGCCUGUGAGACGAUCCGCCAGACACCAAUCCGCUGAUGCAGAACCGUCGUCAAGAGCCCAGCGCAGACAUGUCUCUCCACCCAUGGCGAAUGUUCCUGUGGAGCGCCCGAAGCAUAGCCCAAAAGUCGCUGCCUUGCGACGACGACGAAAGCACAGGAUAUCAUACAGAGACGUGAGCACGGAUGAUGAUGACGACUCUGAUGAAGAUUUCGAGACCGAUGAGGUCGAGGAGCCGCCCCGAAAGGCGUACGCGAAGCCAGCGCAGUCUCCGCCAUCCCAGAAGCACCAGAAUAAACGACGAAGGCGACUAAGACCGAUUGGUGGUCCCCUGAAGCCUCAGGCGAACUCGCAGCAAGCCCCGAAGCCAGUUCAGAUUCCCACCGACGGAUACAAACCGCUGUGGGCUACCCUUCCGUAUCAUGUACUCCUUCAGAUAUUUGUCUACGCGUCGCAUCCGCUGCAUGACGAGAACAUGGUGCCGACAUCCUCCAUCCCGUGGCUCGUCCGCGUUGCUAAGAUGUGCGCCGCAUUUACGAAACCGGCCCUGACAGCACUACAUCGGAAUCCACCUGUCUUUGCUAUGAAACAGAAUCGGAAAGAACUCGUCCAUCAUUUGAUAUCGCCGCCAGAGGGGGCUCACGAAGACUACCGGGUCAUGGUGAAGCGCCUCGAGCUAGAUGCGACACAGAUGCCUGCCCUAACGGAUCCGACACAUAGCGUCGCUGACCUUGCGGCUCUAAUUACUUCACUAACGACUCUGAAAGAAAUUGAUAUCUUCGAUCCUCUUGACAGACCGCCCUACAGGGGUCGGCUCAAGCGUAUCCGCCGCUGGUACUAUCCGGACGAGCUCUUCACCGCUUUGCGCCAAAGCGAACUCCGCCUACAGAGCUGGCGAUGGAACAGCACAUUUUGCUCCCGGGGUGCCUUAUGGAUGAAAGAAAUUCAUGCAGACAGAGCGUUCCAAAGCCUUCGGGAACUUACUCUGACGAAGUACCACACGGAUCCUCCUCGUAAGCCUGAUGAGGACAAAGGCCAGCCGAUAGCAGAAGAGCUUCUUGGCUCCGCCCUUGCUGUUUUACCUAACCUAAGGUCUCUCGCUUUCGAGACCUGCAGCGUUGUCAACGGCCGGCUUCUUCCCUUGCUGCCAACCACACUCCGCAGCCUGAACAUCACCAACUGCAUAGAACUCACAUCGGAGCAUUUACAGGGCUUCCUCGCUACACAUGGUGGCCUAUUGGAGGAUUUGGUAUUGCUCCACAACCAGUACCUCGACCUUUCCUUCUUGGUCGAUCUGAAAUCAUCCUGUCCUCGGUUGGAAGUCCUUAGGAUGGACCUCAAAAACUACAGCUCAUUGACAAUGUCAGCGGAUAAUGAGCCGCUCUAUGACUAUCUCCUUGGAGAAAACGAGAUCCCAACCUGGCCGGCCAGCCUUCGCGUCAUCGAUAUGGAGUAUCUGCGCAAAUGGAGCUCGGAAGCCGCAACACAUUUCUUUAGCUCCUUGAUUAAUUCCGCCGAGGAGCUACCCUGGCUCCGGGAAUUGCGAAUUCUCGCGAUGGUGGACGUCGAUUGGCGCCAGCGCGCAGACUUCAGAAGGAAGUGGACGGCCAGGUUCGAGAAGGUCUUUGCUAGAAGGUGGAUCCCUCCGAGUCCCCAUCUUGUAUCAAUGCGAGCGUACAGGGAAUGGAAAGCAUCCUGGUCAGAUGUCGCUGAGAAGAACGACUCGCUCCUUGACAUACCAGAAGCGGCGAAUACCGGUCAAGCGUCAGAAAGCGAUAGCGACGUGCCGCUUCUGCCAUCGCGCAAACGCAAGGACGACGAGCACUGGACUUCCUCACGUCUACGGUCUCGUGUUCAGACAUCUACCAACUACGAAGAGACGUCGGAUGACGAGGACGAGUCGGGUUCUCAAGAGUCGCCGAACGCAGAAGACGAGCCAGAAUUCAUCCAAGGCCGAUGCCACACGGUCAUCUUUCGACUCGACAAUUUCCGUCCCCGCGAAGAGCUUUACGAUGAGGACGACUUUCUCGAUGAAGAACGCAGCGGCGAUGAAGACUGGAACGGUAAUGAUGUUGUUGACGAUGAAUACGCUUGGUAAGGUACCUCGCCGUGCCAGCUUAAUGGGACAAGGAGCAGGAGGGUGCUUGCAGGCCGAGAGGAUUAGUUGGGCUCCGCUGUAUUUCUUUGUACGCCUUUUGGUCAACGGAUAUUUCACGGCUUUCGGUGGCGUUUGGUCAUGACUUACUGGUGAAAUAGGCUCAUGGUUUGCAUUGGGCUGGUGUUAGUCGGCUGCCCCUGAAUACCUGUUUGCAUCGUUGGGCAUCAUGGGACGUGCAUCGUCGGGCUUUUCAUGCAUAAAGCUACUAUUAGACUCCGAUUUAGCUUUGCGAGUCUUCUGUAUAGUAUUGAAAAUUCAAAUAGGACUUCGUACGAGGUACUC